GUUCUGGGGCUCCCGAGGCAGGAGCAACGGCGGGCACCGGGGGAGCAUUACGCGGAUGCGGGGCCCCUAGGACAGCUUGGUGCGCUUUAUAGACGCGGACAGGAGGCCCUGCACACCUUCCCCACACCCAUAACCGACCAUCACAUCGAAAAUCAUGUCGCUGAACAUCCAGCGCUCCCAGUCCGCGCCGCAUCCCCUUCAGGCGCUCAAAGCAAAAGCCCAAACACGCCCGGCGAUUCAUCUGCAGCGAACGGUGUCGAACAUAGAGUUUGGCGCUGCUGAUCGCCCGCAGAGGUCGCAUCAGCACGUCUAUCGACACUAUACACCAAAGGUCGAGCGCGAGAAUCCGUUCAAUUGCGUCGAUUUCUUUCCCCACCGGGCGGACGAGCACGAGGAGUGGAGUUGGCUUCAAGAGGAGGAGGAACUUCGGGAGGACAGGGAGGACGAGUCGUCCGCGGACGGCCGGGAAAUGGACGAGAAGUCCAUAAAGGACACGAUAGCGAUGGAGGAUAAGCUGGGCAUUCUCGCGCUGGGCGAUAUGCUGUUCAGCAGCAAAGCAAGACCCGAGCAGACCACUGCGCCGGAAGAAUCGCGCCUGGUAUCGCCAUACAACGAUGACGAGCCUGUGGACCACGAGGCGCUCUAUCUGUCCCUGUGCGCGCGCCGCGAGGCACGAACGAAGAUGUUCGCCGAGGAUUCGGAAGAUGGACCUACGUUCGGCACACUGUUCUUUGGAAAGGAUUGAGCUGGGACUGCAGGGCAUUCAUGGGGUUCUACUUGGAGGAUACUGGAUUGUCAGAUACCCUUGUUUCUAUACGGGCAUUUUAGGUUCGUGUAACGGAGACCGUGAGGACCAUCGCACAACGGAAACGCUAGAUGCAGAGGGUGGUACGGCAAGAA